AUGUGGAGACUAAAGGUCGGAGAGGGCAGCAGCAACCGGAUGCUCCGGAGCACCAACGGCCACGUCGGGCGGCAGGUAUGGGAGUUCGAUCCUGCCGCGGACGACCCCGAGGAGGUUGCUGCCGUAGAGGCCGCCCGCCUCGAGUACGCCAACAACCGGCAUCAGAUAAAGAACAGCUCCGACCUUCUCAUGCGGAUGCAGUUCGCCAAGUCAAACACGCUCAAGAUGAACCUUCCUCCUGUCAAGCUACAAGAGCAUGGGUCUCCCACCAUAGAGGAUGUACAGAUAUCUUUGAAAAGAGCAAUCAGCCGUUAUUCCACUCUGCAGGCACAUGAUGGGCACUGGCCGGGGGAUUACGCCGGCACUUUAUUUCUCUUGCCCGGCUUGAUUAUAGCAUUGUAUGUGACUCAAGCACUGAAUACCGUGCUGACAUCUGAACAUCAGAAAGAGAUUCGGCGAUAUCUCUACAAUCACCAGAAUGAAGAUGGUGGCUGGGGGCUGCACAUUCAGGGAACAAGCACAAUGUUCUGCUCUGUCAUGAACUAUGUGGCUUUAAGGUUGCUUGGGGAAGGGCUGGAUUCAAAUGGAGCCUUGCUGCAAGCUCGGAAUUGGAUAUUGGUUCAUGGAGGAGCAACAUUAACACCAUCUUGGGGAAAAUUCUUUCUUUCGGUCCUUGGAGUAUAUGACUGGUCUGGAAACAAUCCGAUGCCGCCAGAAUUAUGGAUGGUACCCCAUUUCAUGCCUAUUCAUCCAGGGCGCAUGUGGUGUAAUUGUCGAUUGGUUUAUUUGCCCAUGUCAUACCUAUAUGGGAAGAGAUUUGUGGGUGCUACUACAGCGAUUGUGUUAGAUUUGAGGAAAGAGCUCUACAACGUCCCGUACGAUGAUAUUAAUUGGGAUAAGGCUCGCAAUGGAUGUGCCAAGGAAGACCUCUAUUAUCCCCAUUCACGGAUGCAGGAUAUCUUAUGGGCUUCUCUCAAGAAAAUUGGUGAGCCAGUUCUUAUGCACUGGCCUGGUAGCAAAUUGCGGGAGAAAGCUCUGGAGACUGUCAUGAAACAUAUUCAGUACGAGGAUGAAACAACUCAAUAUAUAUGCAUUGCUCCUCUGAACAAGACGUUGAAUAUGAUAUGCCGCUGGGUGGAAGAUCCGAACUCAAAGGCAUUCAAACUUCAUACUGAAAGAGUAUAUGAUUUCUUGUGGGUUGCGGAAGACGGCAUGAAGAUGCAGUGUUAUAAUGGUAGCCAGUUGUGGGAUACAGCUUUCACGGUUCAGGCUAUAUUUGCCACCGGCCUCGAAGAAGAGUUUCACGAGACACUUAAGCUUGCCCAUGACUAUAUCAAACGUUCCCAGAUUCGUGUGGACUGCCCUGGAGACCAAACCAAAUGGUAUCGCCAUAUAUGUAAAGGUGGAUGGGCGCAAUCAACUGCUGAUGAAGGGUGGCCUGUAUCAGACUGUACUGCAGAAGCACUGAAGGUUUUGUUGCUCUUAAUGAAGAUUCCACCUGAAUUGGCUGGUGAGCCUAUGGAAACAAGCAGGCUUGAUGACACAGUCAACUACUUGUUAUCUUUGAUGAACAACGAUGGCAGUUACGGUGCAUAUGAACUAACAAGAUCUUAUGAAUGGCUUGAGCUGCUCAAUCCUUCCGAAAGCUUUGGGGGCAUAAUGAUCGAGUAUCCAUAUGUUGAGUGUACAUCAUCAGUAAUCCAAGGUCUGGUGCUAUUCAGAGAAACCUAUCCCCAACAUUGUCGCAGGGUAGAGAUAGACAAUUGUAUCCAAAAGGCUGCCGACUACAUUGAGAGCAUCCAGCGGAUCGAUGGAUCAUGGUAUGGUUGUUGGGGUAUUUGUUUCACCUAUGGUACGUGGACCGGGGUGGCAGGACUGGUUGCGGCCGGUAGGACGUACGAGAAAAACCAAGCAAUCAGAAAAGCUUGUGAAUUUCUGUUAUCCAAGGAGUUACUCCCGUCAGGAGGUUGGGGAGAAAGCUACCUCUCGAGUCAAGACAAGGUUUACACCAAUCUUGAAGGCAACAAGGCCCACGCAGUAAACACAAGUUGGGCCAUGUUGGCGCUGAUUGAAGCCGGACAGGGUAAAAGAGAUCCUGCAUGUCUACAUAGAGGAGCCAAGGUUCUGAUUAAUUUCCAGUUGUUGGAUGGAGAGUUCCCUCAGCAAGAUAUUAUAGGAGCUACCAACCACAACCUCAUGCUCAGUUACAGCCAGUACAGGAACAUCUUUCCUAUCUGGGCUCUUGGGGAGUAUUAUGGCAAAGUGCUGGAAGCACAAAUGGGUACCCGUUAA